CUUCAGCCUUUUUAUUGUGAGAAGGAAGAUCACAGAAGUGUUACCAUGGGGAGAACAGCAGCUAAAGAUUCAAAGAAUAUUAGAAAAGAGAAACAUGGAAAGAAUCAUCAGGCAAACAACCCAUCUUUAAAAAGUGAACAAUUUAAUUGGGAUGAUUAUCUGAAAGAGAAUGAAUCAGUAGCUGCUCCUCUACAUUGUUUCAGACAGUCUAGAAUUCCACCUACGAAUGAUUUCAAAGUUGGUAUGAAACUGGAAGCCCAUGAUCCUCGCAAUGUUACCUCGGUUUGUAUAGCUACGGUAAUUGGAAUCACUGGUGCCAGAUUAAGGUUGCGACUUGAUGGAAGUGACAACAAAAAUGAUUUUUGGAGGCUUGUGGAUUCCUCAGACAUACAGCCAAUCGGGACCUGUGAAAAGAAAGGGGGCAUGCUCCAGCCUCCUCUUGGAUUUCAGAUGAAUGCAUCUUCUUGGCCAAUGUUUCUCUUAAGAACUCUGAAUGGAGCUGAAAUGGCACCUGCAGCAUUUUUUAAGAAGGAACCACCAAAGCCUGCGACAAAUGGUUUUAAAGUUGGAAUGAAGCUUGAAGCUAUAGAUAGAAAGAACCCAUACUUAAUUUGUCCAGCAACCAUUGGAGAUGUUAAAGGAGAUGAAGUUUUUGUUACAUUUGAUGGCUGGAGAGGAGCAUUUGACUAUUGGUGCAGAUGUGAUUCUCGAGAUAUUUUCCCAGUCAGAUGGUGUAGCUUGACAGGAGAUGCAUUACAACCACCAGGGAACAAUGUUUCCAUUACAAAGUGCAGUACAAAAAUCCAAUCCUCCCCUUCCAAAGUGACCCGACGUUCAAUGCAGUCUCCACAGAAAUCUGCUCCAGUACCGGCGCAACGGGGCAGGAAACCAGGUCGGGGCAAACCCCCUGGACAGUCUGCAGUUCCCAAGAAGGGCAGGUCUCCUAAAAACAUUCCCCAGACAAAGUGCACCUCUCAUACUGAAAAUCUUAAAACAAGGAAAAAAAGUUUAAAAUCUGGAAAAAAGAAAAAAAUUUUGCCAGAACCACCGACUCCUGCAUCACCACCUCCUCUUUCUUCUCCUGAUGGGGACAGUGGCACAAAGCAGAUACUUAAAGAUGGAAUUAGUUUGUCUGGGGCAACUGCAGCAGUUAUAUCCACAGUGUGUGUGUAUGUCAACAAGCAUGGAAAUUCUGGGCCUCAUCUGGAUAAGAAGAAAGUUCAACAGCUUCCAGAUCACUUUGGACCAGGUCCUGUCAAUGUGGUACUUCAGCAGUCUGUACAGGCUUGUGUGGAUUGUGCCUAUCAAUCUAAAACAGUCUUUGGAUUUCUGAAAUCUGGCCAUCAUGGAGGAGAAAUGAUAACUGCUUCCUUUGAUGGAGAGAAACACGCCAUCAAUCUUCCUUCUGUAAACAGUGCAUCAUUUGUCCUUCGCUUCUUGGAGAAACUUUGCCACAGCUUGCAGUGUGAUAAUCUUUUUAGUAGCCAGCCUUUCAGUCCUUACGUGGGAUGUGCACAUAGUCCUACAGAAUAUGAUAGGAACAAAACAGCAAAAGAAGAAAUAUCUGAAAACAGAAGUGCUAAACGAUACUCUCAGGACUCUCCACCAUAUACUGCCCCUCUUUCCCCUAAGCUUCCCAGAAAUGAUGCUCAUCCAUCUGAAGCAGAAACAUUGCCUAUAGAAGAAAACAGCACUUCCAAAGAACACCGAUUUUCUGAGGACUCUAUGGAUUCUGCACUUAAUUCAGUAAAUCCUUCAAGCCCAACCCGUCGAAAUUCCACUGAAUACCGUACUUCAGGAAGUGCAAUGUAUUACAGAAAUUCUCUUCAGCCAGUGACUGCUACCUCAAACUCAGCCCCAAUCCUUCGCAGGCUGUCAUUGAGCUCUACUGGGAACAGCAAUUACUAUGAAGUUAGUAGGAAUCGAAUACAGAGGAGGAUUGAAGCUGCAAAUUCCACAACUGGACCAGAUCUGAAAGCACUAAAAAGGGAACCUGCAAGAAUGUUGAAUAAGGAUCCUUCCACCUGGUCAAUAGAGGAAGUAAUGCGUUUUGUGAAAGAAGCUGAUCCACAGGCACUAGCUCCACAUGCGGAACUCUUUAGGAGACAUGAAAUUGAUGGGAAGGCACUACUGUUACUGAGGAGUGAUAUGAUGAUGAAAUAUAUGGGACUGAAGCUGGGACCUGCGCUAAAAUUGUGUUACCACAUUGAAAGACUUAAACAAGGAAAGUACUAGCCAAUGGGGAUAGCAUAACAUGUGUGUUUGUACCACACUAAUCUCUCAGGUUCACAGCCAUUGUCUUUAUUUGAAAAUAUUUUGCUGCCAUAAAUGAUCUUUAGUUUUUGGAAGUUAUCUCAAAAUGCAAUAAAACAUUUAGCGUAAAAAGCUGAAAAAAGGAAAAAUCUGUAUUAUAUUCUAAUAUUUAGAUAACUGCUUCAUUCCUUUUGCAAGGAGAGAUGGUUGGUUGGUUAUAUUAUGGAGGGAGGGGAGUCUUUGGCUGAAAGUAGUGCUGUUAGUGCUGCUCUUGACACCAAAUUCUGAAAAGUGCGUUCUCUACUACAGACUUCAGGCAACAUAUUCAUUUUCAGAACCAAAACAGCUGAAUCCCAAAGGAAAAGCCAGCAUUAGGUGUUAGUAAUUUUUACAGGGAUGGCUGUAAUCUAUAACAUUGCAAAAAAAAAAAAAAAAAAAAAAAAAAAAAAAAAAAAAAAACACUGUAUCUGGUCCUCCAGGAGAGUAAUACUCAGCUAGAUUAUUCUUCAUAGAUUUCCGUAAGGGGAAUAGUGCUAUGAAUUGUUUUUUGGUGAGGGAGGUAUGGGGAAAGAAGGGCUAUGUAGGAAAGUGCUUAAUACAAGUACAAGCUUUUAUAAAGUGUGAUUAUCAGUCCUUUUGUAGGUUAUGAGGAUGAAUGCACAGUAUAUUGUCAGUUUAUGCAGGCAAUAUUCCUGUUCCAUGGAGAAGGGCAUUUUGGCUGUUUAAAGAGCCAGUUCUGGGACAAACAUAUUUGUCUGGAACAGUACAUCCACAUUUUAAACAUUCCAUCUUUUGCUAAAUUUGGCAUGGAUGUGUGUG